AAAAGGAGCCCUCCCGAGCAAGGGCGGGGCAGAGCCAAUGCCGAGCGAGGCCCACUAGCGGCGCCGCCCUCGUCGUCAGAGGCCGCCCGGACAGACUAUGUGAGGAGCCGCCAAGCACCGGGUUAUCUCCCGAUCCACUUCUCACCCACCAAGCCUCCAAGUAAAAGCCCUGCAUGUUUUGAUCAUGGCUGCAGAAGCUGUGAAGGUGAUUGUUCGGUGCCGCCCUCUAAACGACCGUGAAAAGCAGCUCAGAUCCAAGAUAGUGCUGACCAUGGACAGUGCCCGGAGGCAGUGCAGCUCUUCGGGUCCUCGGGAACCUUUGGCAGCUUGCAGACUAAUUCACGUAAACAGUUCACAUAUAUUUCGAUGGGGCAGUUUUGACAUACGGGACCAGACCACGGAACAGAUCUAUAACGAAAUCGCCUAUCCGCUCGUUGAGGGUGUUACGGAAGGCUAUAAUGGUACCAUCUUUGCGUAUGGGCAGACAGGCAGUGGGAAAUCUUUCACGAUGCAAGGGAUUCUGGAUCCCCCUUCGCAGAAGGGCAUAAUUCCCAGAGCCUUUGAACAUUUGUUUGAGAGCGUGCAGUGCGCAGAAAACGCUAAGUUCUUGAUAAGGGCUUCUUAUCUGGAAAUCUAUAAUGAAGACAUCAGAGACCUCCUUGGUGUGGACACCAAACAAAAACUAGAGCUGAAAGAGCACCCGGAGAAAGGAAUCUACGUGAAGGGCCUGUCUCUGCAUACAGUGCACAGCAUGGUCCAGUGCGAGCGCAUUAUGGAGACCGGCUUGAAAAACCGUGCUGUGGGCUACACCCUGAUGAACAAGGACUCCUCUCGCUCCCACUCCAUCUUCACUAUCACCAUGGAGAUCUACACUGUAGACGAGAGAGGAAAAGAUCACCUGCGGGCCGCCAAGCUCAACUUGGUGGACUUGGCUGGAAGUGAGAGGCAGUCUAAAACAGGAGCCGUUGGAGAACGCCUCAAAGAGGCCACCAAAAUCAACUUGUCUCUGUCUGCUCUCAGCAACGUCAUAUCGGCCCUGACUGACUCCAGGUGUACGCACAUCCCUUACCGGGACUCCAAACUGACCCGAGUGCUACAGGACUCUUUGGGAGGCAACACCAAGACCCUGAUGGUGGCCUGCCUGUCUCCUGCAGACAACAAUUAUGAUGAGACCCUCAGCACUUUGCGCUACGCCCACCGAGCCAAGAACAUCCAGAACAAACCUCACAUCAACGAGGACCCUAAAGACGCUCUGCUGCGGGAGUACCAGGAGGAGAUCAAGAAACUGAAGGCUAUUUUGGCUCAGCAGAGCAACACAGCAGGGUUGCUUCACCUGCUACCUUCUAACACUGCUCAGCCUGAGAGGAAAGCAGACCUCCCUUCUGAAGCCCAGGCAGAUACUGAAAAAGAGAAGGAGCUAAUUCGAGAAGAAUAUGAGAAGAAACUGGGCAAGCUGAAAGCUGAUUAUGAAGCUGAGCAGAAGUCUCGCAUCCAGCUGGAGGAAGACAUCAGGGCUUUGAAGAUUGCUUGUGAUCACCAGUUGACUGCUUUAGAAGAGCGGAAGGAAGCAGGAACCACACAGCCAGUUGAAACUCCUCCUGAGCAAGUUCCCCAGGGCCCUGCUUUAGAGACUGAAGUGUCGAUCAAGGUAUCUCAAAAGGAUGAGUUUCUUUCUGAAGGUUAA